AUGGAUGGUGAGACUAAAGAGAAGGCUAAUGGUGGCCGCGGCGGUGAUGGCAUCGUUGAGUGGCUUGGUGAGCAACCACCUUCAUCAGUGGUUUUCCUAUGCUUAGGGAGCAGGGGUAGCUUCGGUGACGAUCAGGUGAAGGAGAUGUCCUGCGCACUGGAGCGGGGUGGGCACUGCUUCCUAGUGGUCCCUACGGCUGCCGUCGCCAAACGGCAAAAAUUGGUAGCUCUAUGGAACUCCAACCUCGAGAGCAUAUGGUUUGAUGUGGCGAUGGUUAUGUGGCCCCUGUACGAGGAGCAACAGUUCAAUGCUUUUGAGCUAGUGGCAGAGCUGGACCUCGCAACGAAAAUAAAGAUGGACUACGGGAGAGAUCUCAGGAUAGAGUGUGACAUCGUGAUGGCAGACAAAAUAGAGGCCGGAAUUAGGAAGUUAAUGAAGGAGGCAGGUGGCGAGAGGCAGAAGAAGGUGAAGGAGGUCAGCAAGAAGAGUCAGAAGGCGUUGGUCGAGGGUGACUCCUCUUACUUGCCUCUCGGGUCGGUUAAUGGAGGACAUCUUGAACAAUACGCCAUGACUUAG